CUGUCAGCCUGGAGCACACCUUUCCCACUACCUUACCAGUAGCUAACCUGAGGCUUACCUGUAUUCGACCUGGAGCUCAGCCAGGAGUGCAGAUGUACCUUUCUGUUCACUGCUUUCCGGUUUACAUUUUGGUACCCUGAAGGUUGAGCUAUCUGGUGCCCAGGUGUAUACCUGACCAAACAGUUUUUCGUAUUACCUGUAGGUUAGUAGUAAGUUAACGCUAGGUCACCUGUGGUCCAGGUGUGUUUCUGUCUCUGGGUUACCUGUCUGUUGGAGAGCCAUGGUUGGGUGUAGCUGGAUGUGGAGCCAUAGGAACUACCUCAUUAUCCUCCUCACCCCACUUCUCCUCCUGCCUCUGCCUCUGCUCAUCCCCACACCAGAGGCUAAGUGUGGCUAUGCUAUCAUCCUGAUGGCACUGUACUGGUGUACAGAGUGUAUGCCCCUGGCUGUGACUGCCCUACUGCCUGUUGUCCUCUUCCCUAUGAUGGGCAUCAUGGAGUCUGGAGAAGUGUGUGUCCAGUACCUAAAAGACUCUAACAUGCUGUUCAUCGGUGGUCUGUUGGUGGCCAUCGCUGUUGAGAACUGGAAUCUUCACAAACGCAUCGCCCUCCGAGUACUACUAGUGGUGGGGGUACGACCGGCACUGCUGAUGUCGGGGUUCAUGGGUGUGACAGCCUUCCUUUCCAUGUGGAUCAGUAACACAGCCACCACAGCCAUGAUGGUGCCCAUCGCCCAGGCUGUGCUAGGACAGCUGUGUGCCACAGAGGCCAGGCAGGAUGAGCGGGAGCUGCAGGUUGAAGGGAAAGACAACCAGGCCUUUGAACUGGACACCAAAGCACCCCAAGAAGAAGAGAUCAACACCAAACAGGACCUGGUCAAGAUUCAGCAGGAUUAUAUGAACAAGGAUGAGGAGAGGGAUGCGGACUCACCUCUGGAGAGGAGAAGAAAAGAGAGAGAGUUGAAGUACCAGCUCUUGACUAAAGGGAUGAGUCUGAGUGUGUGCUACUCUGCCAGUAUCGGAGGCACAGCCACCCUCACUGGCACCACACCCAACCUCAUCCUCAAGGGACAGAUGGAUGAGAUCUUCCCAGGUAAUGGCGAUGUGAUCAACUUUGCGUCAUGGUUUGGCUUUGCCUUUCCCAACAUGAUCAUCAUGCUUAUCCUGUCCUGGCUCUGGCUGCAGUUCAUGUACAUGGGCUUCAACAUGAAGAAGUCAUUUGGCUGCGGGAAGAAGAACGAGGGAGACAAGGAGGCGUUCGCAGUGAUGAAGGAGGAGUACAGGAAGCUGGGGAGCAUGACCUUCGCCGAGGGGGCUGUGCUGACCAUCUUUGUCCUGCUGGUGGUGAUGUGGUUCACCAGAGAACCAGGCUUCAUGCCAGGCUGGGCCACUGUACUGUUUAACAUGGAUGGAGCGUUUGUGACAGACGGGACUGUUGCCAUCUUCAUGUCCACGCUCUUCUUCAUUAUCCCCUCACGGCCGUUCUGCUGUGGGAGUGCUGAGGAAGAGGAGGGAGAGGCUGGGGAGGAAGGCAAGAAGAAGCAAAAGGCCCCAGCUGCUCUGUUGAACUGGCAUGUGGUCCACGAACGCAUGCCCUGGAAUAUCAUCCUAUUGCUGGGAGGAGGUUUUGCUUUGGCCAGCGGUAGCGAGGCAUCUGGUCUGUCUCAAUGGCUGGGUGAGAGUCUAGCUCCUCUACAGUCCAUUCCUCCCUUCGGUAUCUCUCUGCUACUCUGUCUGUUGGUGGGGACCUUCACUGAGUGCUCCAGCAACACAGCUACUACCACACUGUUCCUGCCCAUACUGGCCUCUAUGGCCACAGCUAUUAGGCUGCAUCCUCUGUACGUGAUGCUGCCCUGCACCAUCUGUGCCUCGUUGGCAUUCAUGUUGCCUGUGGCAACACCUCCCAAUGCCAUCGUCUUCUCCUAUGGAAAUCUCAAAGUCAUGGACAUGGUGAAGGCAGGCUUCAUGCUGAACAUGAUCGGGAUCGUGACCAUCAACAUGGGCAUCAACACCUGGGGAGACGCAAUGUUCCAGCUCAGCACUUUCCCUGACUGGGCCAACAUCACACAUGGGACCAAGCCCUGAGAGGGGGAGGAGAGAGAGGCAGGAGGAAGGAGGAGGAUGGAGGGAGGAUUUUGAUAUGAGCAACAAAGAGAGCAAGGGAGAGAGAGAGAGAGGGAGAGGCAGGCAGGCAGGCAGACAUACAGUACCAGUCAAAAGUUUGGACACACCUACUCAUUCAAGGGUUUUUCUUAAUUUUUACUAUUUUCUGCAUUGUAGAAUAAUAGUGAAGACAUCAAAAAUGUGAAUGGACUCGUGUAGUGUUAAACAAAUAAAAAUAUAUUUUAUAUGAGAUUUUUCAAAGUAGCCACCAGUUACCUUGGUAUUCUCAUUUGCCUUGGCAUUCUCUCAACCAGCUUCAAGAGGUAGUCACCUCGAAUGCACUUCAAUUAACAGGUGUGCCUUGUUAAGUUAUUUUGUGGAAUUUCUUUCCUGCUUAAUGCUUUUAAGCCAAUCAGUUGUGUUGUGACAAGGUAGUGGGGGCAUACAGAAGAUAGCCCUAUUUGGGAAAAGACCAAGUCAAAUAAGCAAAGUAAAAUGACAGUCCAUCAUUACUUUAAGACAUGAAGGUCAGUCAUUAUGGAACACUUCAAAAACGUUGAAAGUUUCUUAAAGCGGAGUCGCAAAAACCAUAAAGCACUAUGAUGAAUCUGGCUAUCAUGAGGACCGCCACAGGAAAGGAAGACCCAGAGUUACCUUUGCCACAGAGAAUACGUUCAUUACAGUUACCAGCCUAAGAAAAUGCAGCACAAAUAAAUGCUUCACAGAGUUCAAGUAACAGAUACAUCUCAACAUCAACUGUUCAGAGGAGACUUUGUGAAUCAGGCCUUCAUGGUCAAAUUGCUGCAAAGAAACCACUACUAAAGGACAACAAUAAGAAGAGACUUGCUUGGUUCAAGAAACACGAGCAAUGGACAUUAGACGGGUGGAAAUCUGUCCUUUGGUCUGAUGGUCCAAAUUUGUCAUUUUUGGUUCCAACCGCCAUCUCUUUGUGAAACGCAGAGUAGGUGAAUGGAUGAUCUCAUGUGUGGUUCCGACCAUGAAGCAUGGAAGAGGAGGUGUGAUGCUGUGGGGGUGCUUUGCUGGUGAUACUUAAUUCCAGGUACACUUAACCAACAUGUCUACCAUAGCAUUCUGCAGCGAUACGCCAUCCCAUCUGCUUUGCGCUUAGUGGGACUAUCAUUGGUUUUUCAACAGGUCAAUGACCCAAAACACCUCCAGGCUGUGUAAGGGCUAUUUGACCAAGGAGAAAAGUGAUGGAGUGCUGUAUCAGAUGACCUGGCCUCCAAAAUCACCCAACCUCAACCCAAUUGAGAUAGUUUUCGGAUGAGUUGGACUGCAGAAUGAAGGAAAAGCAGCCAUCAAGUGCUCAGCAUUUAUGGGAACUCCUUCAAGACUGUUGGAAAAGCAUUCCAGGUGAAGCUGGUUGAGAGGAUGCCUAGAGUGUGCAAAGUUGUCAUCAAGGCUACUUGAAGAAUCUCAAACAUAAAAUAUAUUUUGAUUUGUUUAACACUUUUUUGGUUACUACUUGAUUCCAUAGAUGUUAUUUCAUAGUUUUGAUUUCUUCACUAUUAUUCUACAAUGUAGAAAAUAGUAAAAAAUUAAGAAAAACCCUUGAAGGAGUAGGUGUGUCCAAACUUUUGACUGGUACUGUAAAUGUGGACUGACAGGCAAACAGAAAGUCAGACAUAGACAGAGAAAGACAAAGCGAAUGGGAAAGGGAGAUUAAGCACACACACAUAAUGUUGAAGUGACAAUGAACAAGUACACCAGCUGCAGUAUUUUCUCCUUAAUUUUUUUUACCUUUAUUUAACCAGGCAAGUCAGUUAAGAACAUAUUCUUAUUUUCAAUGACGGCCUGGGAACAGUGGGUUAACUGCCUGUUCAGGGGCAGAACGACAGAUUUGUCAGCUCAGGGGUUUGAACUCACAACCUUCCGCAACUAUUCCAACGCUCUAACCACUAGGCUACGCUGCCGCCCCAUUUUAGAAAUAAGAUACCAUAUACCUUGCCCUCUGAUAGGCUAGGUCUGAUGUUAAAAGUGCCUAGGUGGUCAGGGCAAGGGGCUAGCGAACUAGGGUCUUGGUGGUUCCUGGACUGGGCCAUACAUUACAAUACAGUUCCAUUGCCCCCUAGUGUUCAUUACAUGUAAUUGUAAAUCUGGUGAAGCGGAAUAGGGUUGAAUGGUGCUUCAACACAGUAGUGCACUCCUUUGAAUCGAAUCUGUCCCAGUUCCAGACAAGGAUAUCCUUAAAACGAGACUACAUCUUCAAAGCAAGCAUUGUGCAGGAAUGUGUAUGUAUAUAUAUCUUGAAAUAUAGCAUAUAAGUAGGAAUGGGGUGGCGCAGUGGUUCAAUCCCGGGCUUUGUCACAACCGGCUGUGAUCGGGAGUCCCAUAUGGAGGCGUACAAUUGGCCCAGCUUCGUCUGGGUUAGCGGAGGGUUUGGCCUGGGGUAGGCUGUCAUUUUAAAUAAGAAUUUGUUCUUAACUGACUUACCUAACUGUAAAAAAAUAUAUAUUUUGUUUCAACUUAUUAUUUCCAGUGGCCUUUUUCAAGCUCAGAGUACUACACAUUUCACGGUAUCCUAGCUUUGAUUACAUUUAUUGUGACUAACAAUAGACUGUUAAUUUGAUGUUUGUAAAUUGUUAAUUUAAUAUUAUUAUUUUAAUCAACUUAAACCUUUGUUAUGUUAACAAUAAAUGUGGAAUUCUAAUAACUAAAGCUAUAUUAUUGUUGCUAAAUAAGACAGCUAAGUACCCUGCUUCAUUUCAGUGUAACUUACUAUUCGAAUUCGAGUCAACUUAAACGUUUAUUAUGUCAACAAUAAAUGUUGUGUUAUCAUAGCAACAUAAAGCAACAUUUGUUGACAAAUUAAAAACACCUAAGUCCACAUCAUCAUGUCAGUAUAACCAACCGUUUUUUGUUGAGUUAAUUUCACAUUUUGUUAAGUCAACUUUCAAUUAAGUUACUGUAACUAGUAAUAAUUAUCGAAACUACAUUUAAAGUUUACAUAACAAAAUGGUCUAUGCAAGGAUAACGUGACAUGUUAAGUGCUCUGAGCUUGAAAAAGGCCACGCAACUAGAUGACUGGAAAUAACAAGUUGAAACAACAUUAAAGUGUGAGUUAUCUGAUUUAAUGUCACAUUUAAAAAAAAAAGAGUCAAGCCUACGUCAUAUUGAGUUAUUGUAACACAUAGUUCUCAACCUGUUUGGCUGGUGGCGCUACACUGUGGCUACGAGCAAGUCAAGCAGGCCACACACAAAUAAAUAACUAUACUAUUAAUGACAUAACAGAAAAGAUUGCCAUAGGCUGCAGGUUGAGAACCACUGUUUUAACUCAACAAAAUGACUGACUAAUAAAAAUUGUAAACUUAAUAUAACCCCGUAUGUACAGUUGAACAAAGUUCAGAUUCAGUAAAGCUUAUCUCCAUUUUAAAAUGACUUUAUAUUUACAAUGAUUGUUUUACUAUCAAGAGGACAUUGAUCGAUUCAACAACUUACAUUGAAAUCAAUUAAUUCUAUCCAGCUUGUAAUGACAAAAUAGUCCUUUUGUGUAUUUCAGAACAUUUAUUACACUAUGUAUUAACAAAUACAUUUGCAACAAUGUAUCGUUCCCUAGAAUGCAUUUUUAUUGUCAUUAAAAAAAAUCUAACAACGCA